AUGGCUAUUGACUGGAUUGGUUUUGCAUACGCUGCAAUGUUGGCUGUUGGAGGUGUUGUAGGAUACACUCGUAAAGGAAGUAAAAUCUCUUUAGCUGCUGGUCUCACCUUUGGUUCUGUGGCUGGUUAUGGAGCUUACUGCAUAACACGUGAUCCGAGAAAUGUGAAGAUAUCAUUGU